AUAUGUCAGCCUAUCGGCUGGCAAGUUUACUGUGUCUGUAAUCCUUUUUUACACCGCUCACCAGAAUCCGUAGUUCUUAGCAAGAACCAUCAGUGUAACUAUGUAAUAUUGUUUAAUUGUGCUUUGUAAAUUGUUCUGAAUUGGUAGAAGUUGUGAGAAAUGCGAUGAACCCGAAAACAAAGUGAUCGUUAUUUUGUCCCACCGCGAGAAGUGGCCAAAUUUCUGAUGCUCAAUGGAAUCCGGAGUAGCUGCUUUUGAUCCGAAUGACUUAAUUAGUUAUUCUCCAGAGGAGUCGGAGGAUGAGGGCAAACCUCCACCUGAUUCUACCACAACUCUAACCGAGUCGCAGCAGGCGGCCACCGCUUCAUCCCUACCAGGUGCGACAGCAGCAAAAGUAAGCUCUGCCGAUCUGGCGGCUAUUUCCGGUGAAGAAAUUCAACUGACAUUACCGGCAUUUACACCUCGCUCUUCUGGUCCAGUGUCCGUUCAUUUGCGUAGCCCUCUUCAAGGAGCGUGCUUCAAAUGUAAAUUCUGUCCCACUUACACCCAUACAGCCGAAGAUUUUAUCAAGCACUUCAUUAUGCACUUUGGUCGAAAUAGAAUAUCUUAUAAGCAAAUGUCCCGUGAGGAAGUGCAAGCGCUUCCAAACGCGAAUGAAAAGUUUGUUUGUGGAGUUUGUGGCAAGUGUUUCGAAGUUCGAAAUGACGUGCGAGAUCAUAUGAUUCAAGAUCAUGGUUUUGUGGAGGCAAAAACAAAGGAGGUUGCAGAAGUUUCCAAACCUAAUCCCUCAUCAAGUAAUGUUGUUAAGAGAAAGUUAGAAGAUGAUUUCGUAGAUUCUCAGAAGCUUACGAUCAGUGAUAGCUCUUGCUCUUCGGAUAAUGGUACUGUUAAGGUGACGCCAUCAGUGGGGCAAGUUUGUGUUGUUCAGUCGAUUACUCCUAAGACAUCAAUACCGGUAGCAGGUGCACCGGUCACUACAAUUUCCUCAACGUCUUCAGCAGUCUGUGAUAGUGACACCCCAAAAUCCUCUAACAUUCAACAACCACAACUUGGAAAAAGUCAACAGGCAACGGUUUCGAUAGUUUCCAAGGCUGAUGAUUUUUCGGAAGAUGCUGAGCUGAAUGAGUUCCUCGGGCCAAUGACACUGAAAACGCUCAAGCUUAAAUUGCUGGCUGGGCUCAAGUUGAAGUGCCCGCAGAAAGGUUGUGUCUAUAAGUUCGAAACUCGGGCGAAGCGGGAUAUUCACAUCAAGUGUCAUAAUAUAGAACCUGGGUUGAUUGGUCCAGGUGGGCCAAUCCCAGCGCCAGUAGGAAAGGAGGAAAAAAAGGACAAUUUUAAAUGUUAUCAAUGUGGAAUAGAGUUUCCAAGGUGGCGUGAAUGCUCUCAGCAUCUAUGGAAACAGCACCAAGUGGAUGCUAACAUGCUCAAGUGUCCGAUUUGUGACAUGCGAUUCGAUUUCGCAGUGAAAGUGUACCGCCAUCUCCAAACACAUCGUCCGGUCAAAGCGUUCGGGUGUUCGUCGUGUAGUAAAUCGUUCGCCACCAAGGCUCAAUUGCUCGUUCAUGAAAACAUUCACAAAAAGCAACAGUUGCAGCGUCAAAAACAAAAACCAGCAGCUUCGGCAGGAGGGGACGCAAAUUCUGCUUUGGCUGGAGAAAAUGCAGAGCAAGACGUUGAUGCCGAAGACGAAGAUGAUGAAGCAAAUAAUGUCGAAGGGAAAACAGCGGACAAAUUACCGUGGUACGCCGAAAGAAAGUGCGAUAUCUGUGGGCACAUGUUCAGUACCUCAAAAGUAUUAUCGAAACACAUCAAAACUGUUCAUCACAAAAUUAAGCCGUUCAUCUGUAGUGUUUGUGGUUAUAAAUCUGCUCGGAAGGUUACUUUAACGAUACACAUGCGCCAGCAUUCAGGACAGAAACCUUUAGAAUGUAAAGAAUGUCCAUUCCGAACAGCAGAUCCCAGUGCUCUCAAAUAUCACGAGAAACGCCACACUAAGGAUAAAUGGUAUGAAUGUAAGUUUUGUGGUCUGCUUACCAUACAGGCUAGUGCACUCAAAACUCACAUACGACUCAACCAUCCUAAGGAGUAUGAAUCAAUCAAAUGCGAUCUGUGCAAUUUUAGCUCGGUUAAUGCGGAACUGUUAGCUCGUCACAAGAGCGAUCACAAGGCCGGUUUGAUUAGGAGUGAAGACUCGCACGAUUCGGUUUCUUCCAAGCGUUCGAAAAAUGCUCCGGAAAGUUCGUCAGACUGUUUUCUCCCAAUCGAGAGCACGGAUUCGGUAGUUCACGACGCUGGGGGCUUCACGAUACCGGCUGUGAUUAACGCACCCGUUGCGCACUCUGAGGAAACACAGUUUCCCACAUGAGCGUUAAAAUCUGUAUCGCUUUUGGCUUUUUAUGCUAGCAAUAACCAUUCGAAUAGCGGACAUUUUGUAUGAGAACGUAGUUCACUUCAAAAGUGAAUCAGGACUUUCGGUUUUAUUUAUUGAUUAGUGCUUAGAUCAAAACCAAUUUACUGUAGGUUAUACGAAACAGUGGUAAUCCCAUAAAUACACAAGUAUCGUGUCUAAAAAGCUUA